AUGGCUGAGAAGACUGAAGAAGAGAAAGCUUCAAGCUCUUUAGAGAACCUGACGUGUCCGCUAUGUCUUGGUAUCUUCGACAAGGCAACCAUCCUGACUUCAUGUGGACACACCUUCUGUCGAAAAUGUCUCGAGAACUAUGAUCAGUCCGACCAGGAUCUCGAUCACAUAAUCUGUCCUCUCUGCAGAGAGGCCACCAAGUUGUCUGCGAACCGUGUCGAUGAUUUCCUCACCAAUGUGACUGUCAACGGACUAGUAGACGAUUACCACCACGUCAGGGGCGGAGGGGUAGAUGCUGUCCUUGAGAUGCGUCCGAAAUGCACUGCUUGCAAGUUUCAGCAAGAUGCUGUCUCAUUCUGCAAAACGUGUGAUAACUACAUGUGUGAUAAGUGUCUGGAUUGUCAUCAACAUCUUACAGUCGUUUUUGAAGGUCACGACAUUGUAUCCAUACAGGAUAUCAUCAACGGGAAGGUCAGCAUUGGUCAUCCUUCCGAGAAGUGCUGCAUCCACAAACAAGAGAACAAAGAUAUGUUUUGUGAGGAUUGUCAGGUCCACGUCUGUUUCAAGUGCGUGAUCGUCGGUCAUCAAAAUCACAACAUCAAGAAUCAGACUGACUUCGAGCAGGAGUUACGGCUUAAGGUGAACGACCUUGUCCGGCGAUGUGCCGCUAAGAAGUCAGAACUGGAGAAGAACAUUCGGAAUGUGGAAGUACAACGCCAUAAAGUAUACACUGUCGUGCAGAAACUACUGGACGAUGUCAGUCAAGCCUACAUCAUCAAGGCUAAAGAACUUGACGAAAAUCAUCGAUAUCUCAUCGAGAAAAUCAAUGCAAUAAAGCGGAGUUUCGAGGACGACCUAAACGUCUUGAAAUCCAAGGAUCGACAGACGAUCGAGAGUAUUUGUAGUUCAAUAAUACUGGUAGCUAAUGACAGGCUGGGUCGCCUUGAGACAGACAAUCUGUCUGCUCAUACCUUGCUCUGUGAGGAGCUGGAUGCCAUGCUGGAGGAGGCUACUGAUAACACUUCUGCGGCAGCCAUCACGGAGAAAGCACAGGAGAGGAGGUUCAAGCCUGCAGAUGAUACUCGUCUUGAUCUUGGGAGCAUCUCAGAAACAAAUCCCAAGUUGCAAAUCAUUCGGUGUGUAGAUCUACGGGGAGUGGUGUUGGGAAUGACCCGAUACUCUGAUGACAGUGUAGCUAUCGGACAUUGGAAUCCCAAUGGUAUAGAUAUAAUUGAUUCAGCUGGUAAACAGGGGCAGUAUGCAAACAUACAAAGAAGCGUGACGUGUUAUGAUCUUGUGUUUCAACAAGACAGGUCGUUAUUUAUAUCGACAGGUUUCGAAGAAGCACACGUUUAUUCUCCCAAUGGAUGCAAGAAAUCAACCAUCCACGUGAAAAGCAGUGGCUAUUUGCUCAAACUAAACGGAAGUCCAUUAGAUGAAAUCCUCAUCGCUAACAGUGAGAAGAAAGUCUAUAUCUAUGACCAGACUGGAACAACUCUCAAGCACACUGUUCCAACAAUACACAACGAGACGAAGCAGGUAUCUGCUACCAGGUCGGGUUUGGUCGUCACGAGUUCAUGUAACACUAAUCCAAGCGUGGUGACGGUCUAUGACAGGGAUGGUAAUGCUGGUAAGUCUCUACAAGCUCAAGACGAUGUCUACCUGUAUGCUGCCCUCGAUGAGCAGGACAGGGUGUAUGUAGCGAGUGUUGAUAGUAAGAAUAGUCACAUUGUGAUCAGGCUCUAUGACCUUGAUGGUCUGAACCUGAAGGAAAUAGUUGAGUUCAAUGCACUUACCAUGACGAUUGGUUUUGAAUGGUGCUACUUGGUUUCCCUCUCUCCAGACAUCCUUGCGUUUGCUAGUCACAAGAAGUUGCAUUUUAUAAAAGUAUCACUGUAA